GUAAGAAAUUAGUUGUGCACACAGGAAACCGGUGAGCGAGAGUACAGAUGACUGCAGCGCACCAUGGCAACAAGUUCAGCUGGAAACUUGGGCUAUCGGCCUUUUAAAUGUUUAGAGAUUAGAUACACAACUCUCCUGUUGAUGGCUUGUUGUGCAUCAGGAGCAAUUGGAAAACAAAUCGUCCAAGAGGAUCAUUUAGGCAAACAUAACCAUGAACAUAAUGCAAAUAUGUUCCUCGGCUCCGAGGACAAAGAUGAAAUACAGAAACUCAGCCCAUCUGAGCAGCGAAAGCGACUGGUGGAGAUAGUCAAGAAGAUUGACACCAACUCUGAUAAAUACCUGACUCCAGAGGAAAUCACAUUAUGGAUACAGAGGGUGUACAGGACAUAUGCGUUGGAUGAUGCUGAGGAGCGCUUCCCUGAGUUUGACUCCAACAAUGAUGGUCUGGUAUCUUGGGACGAAUACAAUAUGGUCUUGCAUGGUCAUACUGUGGAAGUUGACGUAGAUGCUGUUCUUAAAGACCCAGAGGAGGAGUCUCUCAGAUUUCUCCAUGCAAAGGAAAAAAGACGUUUUGACUUUGCUGAUAUGGAUGGCUCAGAUGCCUUGAACUUAACUGAGUUCCUUGCGUUUACUCAUCCAUCUGAAGUGGACCACAUGGCUGAUUUUGCCAUUGAAGAUGUGCUUUCUGAAUAUGACUUGGAUAAAGACGGAUUCAUCAGCUUGAGUGAAUUCAUUGGAGAUCUCAGAGCAAAUGAGCAGGAAGAGCCCUCGCAGUGGGAGGUUGAGGAAACGGUGCGCUUUGAAGAUCUCUAUGACCAGGAUAAGGAUGGAAAACUUAACAGGGAUGAACAGCUCCGCUGGGUCGCUCCCAACAGCUAUGGCUCGGCACGGGAAGAAGCCAUUCAUCUGAUCAAGGAAAUGGACCAAGAUGGUGAUGGAAGACUCUCGGAAGUGGAGAUUUUAAAAAACCAAGACACUUUCAUGAACAGUGAAGUGACUGAUUACGGCAGACAGCUUCAUGUGCCACAUGAUGAACUGUAAUAGUUAGAACCUUUUAUAAAUAGUUCUUAUGGGGCCACAAAGAAAGACUACUUGAGUUUUUACAAGUAAAUUUUUAUUAGAUAACAUGUAACUGAUACACUACUGUUACACAGCCCUGCAUCUUGAUUUGCAAAAAUGAUAUGAUGAGCUCAUAAUGAUGCUGAGUUCAAAAAUAUCAAUAAAAAUUUUCCAUCAUUUUCACAAAAUAACAUUAGUUUUAAUGCACAUAUCAACAAGAGGUUUGCAUGUAAUGACAAAAGAGUAUUCAAAAUGAAUAACUAACAAGCUGCAAAAAAAUAUGAAAAAUAUGUUUAUUCAAGUUUAUGAAUAAGCUUUUCUUUUUUUCAUAAAAUCUGCAAUUUUAUGUCACUUCUUUGGAUGUAGUAAAACACCCAAAGAUGUACAGUAGCAGAAAACGUCAGGGUCAUGUUUGCAUUUCUUCUUUAACAGGCCGCAAUUUUAACCUUGACAUCAGGAUUAAGCAUAAAAUAAUGUUUCCAGAAUCAUUCAUACAAGUGAAAAUCAGCUGAGAAUUGAACAAAUAGUUAAAACCUGGCUCAGUGGAGGAUAGGAAUCAUGUAUUCAUGUCAGUUUAUCUUGUGAUUAAAGGGAUACUCCACCCCAAAAUGAAAAUUUUGUCAUUAAUCACUUACCCCCAUGUCGUUCCAAACC